CCUGGCUUAUAAGCCUUGAAAGAAAUAGUAGAUACUGAUAAAUAUACUGCUUCACAGGAUAUUAAAAUAUAAUCAAUAUAUAUACUUCUCCUGUUAGGCAGAGCUAGCCUUACGCUUAGUUAAAGCACGUCCCAUAAUAAUUUUUUAGGCGCCAUUUGUUUCUCAAAAAAACUUUAGUUUAUUCCAAAUCAAUUUGACAACUGAAAAGAAAUUAACCUAAAGUUUAUUUAACUAAAGUUUAUAAAGCAUUUAAUUAUUGACAAAAAUAUACUUGAGUAAAAAAAGGUUAGACAUAAUGAAAAAGAGUGGAAUAAAAAUAUUGUGUGCAGUGUGUAAGAAUUCAAGAAAAUAAUUGCUUUGUUGACUAGACGUGAAUUAAAUUUCUAUUAAUAUUUAUUUACUUAUUUAUAAACUAAUUUAAAAUUUGUUUUGAUAUAUCUGUGCGUGUGAGUGUAUCUACACUUCGUUAGGUUAAGGCGCGCCUUCUUCCCCAACUAUUAGUAUGCUGUUUGUGGGGCGUGUGAGAUAGCGUCUCAGUGGGUUGUUUGGGCUCAGUGGGUGGGUAUCGGCUAAUGCAGCCCAUUCAGGGUCUGGGCCGGGCCUAUAAAAGCCGAGGGUUUUUUUCAAAGCCACACUUACAAUGUUGUUGGCAAAAUUUGUGAUUCUUCUAGUGCUGCAGGCUGCCGUGGUAGUUGUGGUCGGCGUCUGCCUAAUACCCGAGCCUGUGAAGCGGCAACGGUCGCUGGUGGAUGAGCUCUGGAGCAGGCGACCGCGGCUUGAUGGCCGCAUUGUGGGCGGCCGACGCAUAAACAUAACGGAUGCACCCCAUCAAAUUUCGUUGCAAACAUCGGCUCACAUCUGCGGCGGCUCGUUGAUCUCCGAACAGUGGAUACUAACGGCGGCGCAUUGCACCGAGGGCAAAACUGCGGAUCGGCUGCGCGUGCGAUUGGGCAGCUCGGAAUUCUCGCGGCAUGGGCAGCUGUUGCACGUGCAGAAGAUUGUGCAACACGAAAAGUUCAAUUUCACGAAUGUGGACUACGAUUUCUCGCUGCUGCAGCUGCGGGAACCGAUCGAAUUUGAUGAUACCAAAAAGGCCAUCAAGCUGCCGGAACCGGAGCAAAUGUUUGCGGACGGUGAUCCGUGCUUUGUCAGCGGCUGGGGCAACACACAGAAUCUGCUGGAGCCACGUGAGUGGCUGCGCCAGGUGCAGGUGCCGCUGGUCAAUCAGCAGCUCUGCAGCGACAAGUACAAGCAAUACGGCGGCAUUACGGAGCGCAUGAUCUGUGCGGGCUACAUGGCGGGCGGCAAGGAUGCUUGCCAGGGCGACUCCGGUGGUCCCAUGGUCAACGAGGCGGGCGUUCUUGUGGGCGUCGUAUCCUGGGGCUAUGGCUGCGCCAAGCCCGACUAUCCCGGCGUCUACUCCAGAGUGGCCCAGGCGCGUAACUGGAUCAAGGAGCACACUGGCAUCUAGCUAGCGCAUUAUCUUAAUAAAUAAGCAACAACAACAGCAA